GUUCAUUCCAUUGUGAAAAAGGGUCGUUUGGUUAUUCGCGAAUCUCUCGACGAUCAAUUUUCAUCGAGCUGUGCAUCUGAACAUGAGUAACACCGGGAUGGGACAUCGAGACUUCAAACGGAUCUGACGACAUUGCGCACUCAGCUAGUCACGGAGCGACUGUGUGGGAAAGGAUAUAUUUGAGGAUUUCGACCGGUCUCUCGGCUUCAGCGACGAGAUGAAUACUUGACGAGCGGUGACCAGAGCCGGGUUCUACCCGCCAGAGCCUAUUCCGCAUUUGGCUAGAGACCUGUCAAGAAUGGCUCACAGAAGACUUCACCGUCUCAUCCAAAGCCUUGUGAUAUUCGGCGUCCUCUUCUUAAUUUAUCAAAUGUACGCAUUGAAUCAACUGCAGGAGACGACAGUUCGAUCCCGGCGACGAAAACCGUUACCAGACUUGCCACCGGUCUCUUCGCGGGGUCACAAAACCCCCGUAGGUGUCGCAGCGCGCUGGGCUCAUCUGUAUUGGGAGGAGACCAGUGAUCACUUCUCCUGCGGUGAUAGCCUGAGAGUGCUGCCGUGGACGAAAGUGAACGACGAUUUCUGCGAUUGCGGCCACGGAGAAGAUGUCGGCGAUGAACCUUCGACGGGAGCCUGUCUGGACACCUUUUUCACCUGUAGUUAUGACCCAAACGUGCAAGUUCCGGCAUCGCGCGUCAACGAUGGCUUGUGUGACUGUUGCGAUGGCUCUGACGAGCCGAAAGACGUACCGCUCCCCGCAUUCGCUCGUUUGAGUACUUCGCGUCAGAAAAGCCUCGGAGUGUACCAAACACCUUGCAUAAAUCGUUGUCAACUGUGAUAAUUCGGAAUUUUUGUCUCGUUCGGUGCUCGAGCCUCAGCCGGUAUCCAUGUACGGAAAAAAGACGCUCGCUCGCGUCAUCGCAAGAGAGAACAGAAGUUGCGGAGCAGUAGAGCGGAGUGAGAUGCUCGGGAGAGAACUUAAGCGAG